AUGAGUCAUCACCUCUCCUCGACAACACUCCGGCAGCGGUGGUCGAAGAGUAUCAAACAAGAUAAGGGUACAAUUUACUAUCUCGUGAAGGCUACAUAUAAUGAAGAUGACGUGUGGGGCACUGAUUUCACAUGUGUGAGUGUAACGGCAACAGAAGUCUCUGAAGAAAAGAAGAUAAUUGAAGCUACAAUAACGUUCAAGAAUAACGCUUCCUCAACACCACAAACUUCUAAAGAAACGGUCACCGCCGUUAAGAUGUACGAUUAUAAAAAUAAGGAAAACGCCAUAGAAUACAAGACACAUG